UAUGAUGUUGACAGUUGGCGGGAAAAAGGAAAAUGACAACGGAAGAGGAUUUCGAGAAACUGACAUACACACAAAGGCUAAAGGCUGCUGUUCACCAUACAACUCUACAGAUAUGUAAAGAACACGCAGAUGAGAAAAAUGUACAGCUGAACAAGAUGGUUGUGGCCGCCAUCUCCGAGACGACUUGGAAGAAGUGUGAACAAUUUGCUACAGAUCUGGAGCUAUUUGCAAAGCAUGCAAAAAGAAGCACAAUAAAUGCAGAUGAUGUGAAAAUGUUGAUAAGGAAAACACCUAAAUUGCUGGACUAUAUCAAUGGAGUUCAAGAAGAACUGAAUGCUUCUAAACCAGAGCCUAAAAAGAGAAGCAAGAAAGGUAAAGGGAAGCAGACGUCCGUUGGAGCCUCCACCAGUCCCAGUGAUCAGACAGAACCCGUCAUUGUAGAGGAGGAGAGCUGAUAAAUCAACAAAUGAAGGAGUAAAAAUGUUUAAAAUGGAUGUAGAUUAAGAAGCUGCAAGUACUGUUAUGCUUUCGCACCUUAAAAUGACUGCAUGACUGUGAAUGAGUUUAACAGUUAAAGGGGAAUUUAGGCAUUGGUUGCAUCAUUUGGUAAAUAUGUGUCUCAAGUGUUCUGCAGGGAUUUCAUGACUGAUAUGGCAUUUUGUCAAUAACUCAGAGUUCUAUAGGUCUAAUUAAUUCUAAAAUAAAGACUGGGAGCUUAUGAAUUUAGACUUUUCUACAGUGUAUUGCUGGUACAGAUGCAUCAAAUUAGAAGGAAGUAUAUGAACAUUGUAUGGGUAUAAAUGACUUUGAAAAGGGGUCUAAGCCCCUUUACCCUGCUUUGAGCAUGAAUACUCAUACCCAAACAGCCCCCAAAUAUUUUGUACCCUUAAUUUAGUUUUCUGACAACUCCAUUAACAAUGAUUUAAAUUAUUGAUGCCUGGUGCCCCCAUAUAAGUUGGUACUGUUUAAAAGGAUAUUACUUGGAGAUGCUGAUUACUUGUAUGGAAAAUGAAUGACCUAAAGUACAUUAUAUUAUACAUAAUCUAAUAAAUAUUACAACUUUUAUAUAUCCGUUCUUCAUUCUAACGAUAAUUUUAUAUGAAAUGACCUAUGUUGAUUUUUUUUAAGACCCCAAGAGUUAUCGCCCUUUAAUUAUAGAAGUACUCUUAAAUCGUUCUUGUCCAAUCAACACUUAGAACCCUUUGUCCAAUCAUUACCAAAGUAGAUCUGAAUGUGUAUGGGCAUAAUAUCUCGGAUAAGUUCGAUAACCAGUCAUUUGCUGUAGUUACUCGAGAGCUGUCGCCCUUCUAUUAUCGAAAUUACCUUAAAUCAGUCUUGUCCAAUCAAUACCUUAAGUCUAAUCAUUACGAUAUUUGGUCAGAAUGUGUAUGGGCAUAAUUACCUCGAAUAAAUUCGUUACCAGCCAUAUCGCUUUUGUCAUUCGAGGGUUACCCCCCUUUAGUAGAACCUUAAAUCUGUUUUGUCGGAUCAAUUCCUUUAGAAGCCAAUAAACACCUAUUGAACUGUUUAAAUCUUGACUUUUUUC